GUCCUCCUUUCCCCUCCCUUCCCCGAUCCCUCUGCCUGUUCUCUUUCUGCAGACUCCGGCCAGCCGGGGACGCUGGAGGUGGAAGGGAGCUCAUACCAGGGGAAGAAAAGCCACCAAACUGUCCCAGCUGCCUACACUUAGUUCUCCGCUGCCCUUCCUUGCCCCUCCAGCCUCUCAGCUGGGUCUGGAGCACUAGCCCAAUUUGAAACACCCCUCCCGCUUCGAAGGAGGCUGGGCUGGCCAGGGGGUUAUUUUGGGAGCAGCCUCAGAGAUCCAAUGGCCUUGUUAGGGCAACACUGACCUUUCCGUCCCAGGAGGAGGGCAGGAUUGGAGAGGGGCGGGGCAGCGGCUGGGAGAUGGACAGCCCCGCACACCCACUGGGUGGAGAAGGGGGCCAGCCGGCUGCAGGAAUUCAGCCUCGGGCUGGGGGCUGUCACCAAGGAGGAAUUUCUCCACUUUGAAACAGACUGGGGACCCCUCCACCCCACCCCUUUCACUGUGCUUCUUAAAGGGAUCACACCGUUUUUCCUUUGACUCCAGGGAAGCCAGACUUGGGACGCUCUAUGGAGACUUUGAAUCUUGCCCUCCUGCUUCCUUCCCAACUGGCAGCCUUCCUCUGGCUGGUUGAGUGGGGGCCUCCCAGGCAUGGCACUGACCAGCCGACCCAGUGCUGAUUUGGCUCCUGGGCUCAUUCAGUCUCUGGUGGCAUCUUGCUUUCCCCCUCCUGGGGCACAGUGGUGAGUCAGGGGCGUCCAGCCCUGAGUGUGCUUGGAGAGUGUCGCUGGCACCCCCCCCCCAUCACCCUCUCUCCCCCACGCUGGAGGACGGUGAGGUUGUCAGGGGCUACGAUGAGAUGAGUGGGGGCCGCUUUGACUUUGAUGAUGGCGGGGCGUACUGUGGGGGCUGGGAGGGGGGAAAGGCCCAUGGACAUGGACUGUGCACAGGCCCCAAGGGCCAGGGCGAAUACUCGGGCUCCUGGAACUUUGGUUUCGAAGUGGCGGGCGUCUACACCUGGCCCAGUGGGAACACCUUCGAGGGAUACUGGAGCCAGGGCAAACGGCAUGGGCUGGGCAUAGAGACCAAGGGACGCUGGCUCUACAAGGGCGAGUGGACACACGGCUUCAAGGGACGCUACGGAACCCGACAGAGCAGCAGCAGCGGUGCCAAGUAUGAGGGCACUUGGAACAAUGGCCUGCAGGAUGGCUACGGCACGGAGACCUAUGCAGAUGGAGGGACCUACCAGGGCCAGUUCACCAACGGCAUGCGCCACGGCUACGGCGUGCGCCAGAGCGUGCCCUACGGGAUGGCCGUGGUGGUGCGCUCGCCGCUGCGCACGUCGCUCUCGUCCCUGCGCAGCGAGCACAGCAACGGCACGGUGGCCCCGGACUCGCCCGCGUCGCCCGCCCCCGACGGCCCGACGCCGCCCCCGGCCGCCAUCCCGCGCGGCGGCUUCGCGCUCAGCCUGCUGGCCAACGCCGAGGCGGCGCGGGCGCCCAAGGGCGGCGGCCUCUUCCAGCGGGGCGCGCUGCUGGGCCGGCUGAGGCGCGCGGAGUCGCGCACGUCGCUGGGCAGCCAGCGCAGCCGCGUCAGCUUCCUCAAGAGCGACCUCAGCUCCGGCGCCAGCGACGCCGCGUCCACCGCCAGCCUGGGCGAGGGCGCCGAGGGCGCGGAGGGCGCCGACGAGGCCGCGCCCUUCGAGGCCGACAUCGACGCCACCACCACCGAGACCUACAUGGGCGAGUGGAAGAACGACAAGCGCUCGGGCUUCGGCGUGAGCGAGCGCUCCAGCGGCCUCCGCUACGAGGGCGAGUGGCUGGACAACCUGCGCCACGGCUACGGCUGCACCACGCUGCCCGACGGCCACCGCGAGGAGGGCAAGUACCGCCACAACGUGCUGGUCAAGGGCACCAAGCGCCGCGUGCUGCCGCUCAAGAGCAGCAAGGUCCGCCAGAAGGUGGAGCACAGCGUGGAGGGCGCCCAGCGCGCCGCCGCCAUCGCGCGCCAGAAGGCCGAGAUCGCCGCCUCCAGGACAAGCCACGCCAAGGCCAAAGCUGAGGCAGCGGAACAGGCCGCCGUGGCUGCCAACCAGGAGUCCAGCAUUGCCCGCACUUUGGCCAGGGAGCUGGCUCCAGACUUCUACCAGCCAGGUCCGGAGUAUCAGAAGCGUCGGCUGCUGCAGGAGAUCCUGGAGAACUCGGAGAGCCUGCUCGAGCCCCCGGAGCGGGGCCCAGGGGCCGCGGGCCCCCAGCAGCGGACCCGCGAGAGCCCGCAGCUGCACGAGCACGAGCCCCCCGGGCCCGAGGGCGGCCCCCCGUCGCCGGCCGGGACGCCCCCGCAGCCCAAGCGGCCCCGACCGGGGGCCACCAAGGACCGCACGGCGAGCCCGGGCGCCUGGAACGGGGAGCCGGGCGCCGAGGGCGCGGGCCGCCGCAGCCCCGCGCGGCCGGCCACCGAUCACAUGGCCAUCGAGGCGCUGCAGCCGCCGCCCGCGCCGUCGCGCGAGCCCGAGGUGGCGCUGUACCGGGGCUACCACAGCUACGCCGUGCGCACCGCGCCGCCCGCGCCGCCGCCCUUCGAGGACGAGCCUGAGCCCGAGGCCUCCGGGCCCGACUCCGCGCCGCCGUCGCCGGCCGCUGCCCCAGUGCGGGCCCCCGAGCCCGCGCCCAACUCCCCCGCCAAGCUGGAGCCCAAGCCCAUCGUCCCCAAAGCCGAGCCCAAGGCCAAGGCCCGCAAGACCGAGGCCCGAGGGCUGACCAAGGCGGGGGCCAAGAAGAAGGCUCGGAAGGAGGCGGCGCAGGCAGCGGAGGCCGAGGUGGAGGUGGAGGAGGUCCCCAACACUGUCCUCAUCUGCAUGGUGAUCCUGCUUAACAUCGGCCUGGCCAUCCUCUUCGUUCACCUCCUGACCUGACCCUUGUCUAACAGAGGAGUUCCUGCUGAGGAUGUGAGGACCCGUCUUUCUGCGCUGCCAGGCAGGGUGGCCAAGGAGGACUGGACUCUGGACCUGGAGCCCCGGGAUCCAGCUCACGUGCACACCACGUACAUUUUGGAGGCCUCUCAUGGCGCCUAUGCUAGGUGCCAAUGGUGCCCAGAGGAACAGAAUGUGCUGGGGAUCCUCCAGGAGCUCCGUGCCUGUGGCAGGGGAGGCCUCGAAGGAGGAGCCCCGGUCUCUUGAGCGCUCCUGUCCCUCGUCCUCAUCCAUUCCCUCGCCUUGCUGCCGGGGUCCCCCUUCCCUGAGCUUUCGUGUGUUUUGGGAGAAAUCACUGAACCAGGACAGUAAUAUAACUCCCAGCCCCUCUCCUUCCACCCCUCCCCUGCUUUGUUUUAACUUGCAGCAGAUCCCUGUGGUGGGCGAGCCAGAGAGCUGCCCACAGAGCAGAGGCCCUGCCUUCCGUGGUCUCCACGCAGCACCCACUCCGUCCCUUGCUGACAGAUGUUCUGGAUGACAACAGAGGAAACAGACACGCUCGGUUCGAGAACCCCGGGAUACGGUGCUCCUGUCUCCUCCCACCGGUCCAGCUAGCUUCCCUGCUGGACCCGUAGAGGAUGGGGGGACACAAGGCACUGGAGCCUUUAGCCGGGAGGCCGCUGACCAGGUGGCCCCGGGGUGGGGGUGGGAAGCAGGCAUAGGGGCAGUUAGGAUGGCCCCUGUUCUCUGGCGUGCCUGAGCCUGAGGCUGGCAUUGUGUUCAGGCUUCCAGUGUGCUCAGAGUGCUAAGGCUCACCCUCCAGGAGCCCCGGGGCUGCCACGAUAAAGCUAGCGGGGCACCCUGUGAAUUGGUGUGCCGCUUCCUUCACCAGGGCCCAUCGCCAGCUCAGGGGAGAGUGGGCAUGGAAGCCCUUGGAAGCCCAGGCAGAUUUCCCGGGGCGGACUCUGGGGCAGGUGCCGGAGACAGGCUUUCCCGGGGAGAGGAGAGCAAGUCUGGGGGCCCCGGUGGGUGCGGUCUGUUCGAUACUAAGCCCCUUGUCUUGCUUGGCAGAAGACGGUAUUUGCAUGUAGCUCAUUACAGAUGUUCUGAGCCACCCCAGGCCUCCGCUCCCUUGUGCUUGGGGGGCCGGGUGCAAGCCGAGGGCUCGCGGGGCCCCUGCACCUGGGAGGACAGAGGGAAAGGCUUCUAGGCCCCUCCAAUCCCAGGGAGGAUUGUGGCAGUGGCGUCCAAGCAGAACUGUCUCGGCCACUCCACGGCCUUUGUGUCUGUGGACUUGGGGCUUCGGUGCCGUGGUCGAACCUCGAGUUUGCUUCUGAUGAGAGGUCGGCUGUGCCUCUCCCCCUCAGUACUUGGGAAGCUUCCUCUAGCCCCACACUAGCUGUUUUGAGGGCUCCUGACGUUGCACGGGGUGGUUGGAAUCUGGGACUGCAUUUCUCUGGAGGGGAGCCCGCAGAUUCCCCCGUCCUCAGCCGGCCCGAGGCUCUGCAUCUGUGUGUGGGCUUUUCUGGACUCCAAAGAAAUGACGGCUGGGCUGGGGGUGCUGCUAGGGCCAGUGGGCCCCGGGCCUCAGCUCUGAGACCACGGCCCGAGUUUUGGUCUGGCCCAGGGCUGGGGGCAAGCCUGCAGGCACCAGAGCUCCCAGGCCUACUUUUAGAGCUGGUGUUUGGGGUGACGGUUCAGGAUGCUGCGGUCUGUGGAAUAAUAAACCUGCAUCUGCUCGUGGGCUGCGGUGGGGCUGUGGUGUCUGCUUGUGGGCCCUGGUUGAGGGACUGGCCAAAGGGGGCAAGAGAGGCUGGGGGUCCUGUCUCUCUCUCUCACACACACAGUUUCUCUAAAACCUCUUGAGGGGCAGCCAAAGGGCUUCAGUUCUGGUGGGGCAGAUCAAAGACCUUCUAGGACAAACCCUGAAUUUCUAAAGCAGACUUCCAGAACCUUCCCUGAGCAGUGUAUGGUAGAAGAAAGAGCCCGAACUCUGAGGUUAGGUCUUCCUGGCCUGCAGUCCUGCUCAGCCCCUUGUCUUCUGUGACCCACAGUUUCCUCAUCUAUAAAGCAGGGGAGAUAAUAAUAGCUAUGUCCAACUGCAGUGAGGAUUCCGCAAAAUGUCGACGCUUAUGUAGUAAAGCCCAGCCGAGAGAGAAGUGGAGAGCUGGAGACAUGGUCAUCAUGGCUGCACACCACAGUACUGCCCAAGCCCUCUCAAAAGCCCUCUUGCAUUUUGAUGGAGGACCCCAGGAGUCCCAAAGGGGUGGGGAUGUGUGGGUGUGUGUGUGUGUGUAGGACGUGGGAGCGAGGGGUAGGGGCAGAGGGAUGACUGCAUUAGAAUCGCCUGGGAUGGUUUGAAAAGAAGGCUCAUCGGGGCGGGGGGGGGGGUGGGAAAGGGGUAAAAAAGAAAGAAGAUAAAGAAGGCUCCUUCCUGAGCCCCCAUUGGAGUCUCCCAGUCAGGGAAGGUUGGUCAGAGUCGGGCGCCCCCUGGUGGCUCAGGUGCCGCACACAGACCGUCCCAGUCCUGGCCAGCCGCAGCUCCGGGAAGCGCCUCCCGUCGUCUGCCACGUCCAGCGUUCAUUUAAGGUGUCUUGUGCCAAAGGGGAACUUGAAACCACCCUGUGGGCGUUGCCAGGGCCUAUGAUCACUGACCACUACCUUAGGGUCUUGGCAGGAAUCUUCCAGGGCGGUAGGAAAGGAUGCUCAGGGAGCAAGCAGAGGCCUCUCUGGGUAUCUGGGCAGAAGGAACUUCAGUUUGCUGGAAAACAAGCCCAGGGAGGAGGCGUGAGUGGGGCUGGUGUGGGGGUGGCUGGGCCAGAGGGAAAUGCAGCCCAAGCCCAGGCCUGGCCUCGGGUCCUCCACCUCCUGGGGAUGGCUCGACAGCUGGAGGGCAGGCCUCCCGCUCUAGGAAGGCCUCCCUUAGCGGUCCCCUCAUCCCUUUCUGGUCUCUAGGAAGGAAGGAAGUCGCCUGUGGGGACAGAAAAGCAAGUGGGGUGAAAGGUGUGUGUGUGGAGUGGGGGUCUUUCUAGAGAUCAUGACAACACAACACGUCCCUCACCCCCAGUCUCCCCUGGGCCCCUCUUGUCUGGGAGGAAAGCGGCUGGUGCACCGUCAUCCUCAUCUGGGCAUUUGCAAGUUACAGGGGAAUUGUCACUGUAAAAAAGUCUGGAUGGAGCAAUGCGUUAUCAAAAGUUAUCAAAAGAAUACUUGGCUCCAGUGAGAUUUCAGGUAUCCACAGGGGGCGUCUCUUUUUGGUCAGGGACUCAGAGUCACCCGUCAGCUUGACCCAAUAAGAAAAGUAAAUAACAAAGGGGCAUCCACCUUCUCCUUCCCACAAGAUGGAAGGAUGUUGGCCGUGUGGGGCCGGUGGUGUUCUGAGCACUAGGCUCACGCUGCCGUCGUGCUGAGAUCGUGGCAGGAUCAUGCUAGGUUCAUGGCCAGCACUUACUAGGGGCUAUUCAUAUCCCUUGCAUGGCGGACGGUAUUAUUAAGUUGUUAGGGCCGCUCCAUGGGAUUCUAGUUGCUGGAGGUAGAGACACGGAGGGUGAGAGUGCAGGUGAAUGCCCGUCACCUACUUGCACACAGCAGAACUGGACGCAAACCCGUUGUCUCACUCUAAAGCUUAACUUGGCCCCUAACCAUUUUCUUUGGCCUGUUCCACUGCACUGCAGUUAUCCAUCUUGACCACCUGGGGGCGCCACGGCCCCACACAUGCGUGGUCUCACAGAGGCGCUCUUGAGAAGGCAGGCUGCUUUUACACAAAAUUCAUCACCGUUGCUAUCCUCCGACUUAGCCACAGUAAUAACAGCUACUAUAAAUUAAGCACUUACUAUGUGCCAGGCCCUGCACUAAGCACUUUCCAUACAUUAAUUCAUAUUUUCCUCACACCAGCUCUGUGAUUUGAAACACCACUGUGCUUUGCAACUACGAGGCCAAGGUUCAAAACCAGGUCUGUCUUCAAGGCCCAUCUCUUCACCGUCUCCUCGUAGGAGGCGCGAACUGCCUGGAGGCUGCACUGGGCUGGCAAGCUCGUUGUGCUUUGGUCAGCGCGGUGUCCUCAGACACCCUGAGUUUGAAUGCUUUUUGGCAGGGCACCUUCCAUUCGGCCGCGCCCUGGCCUGUUAUCCUCAGUCCUUUGUUUAUGUUACCUGCCCGACUCUGAGGUCAUUUGCAUUUGCACCUCCGUUGGUGCUAACAUUUCAUGGACUGGAAUCAGAUCUGGUUUGGGGAGGCACCCAGGAGAGAUGACAAGAGGUUGUGGCCCAGUGUCAUGCCAGGGAUGUGGGAGGCAGUCCUGUCCUUCAGCGCUCUCCCCUGACAGGCGAGGAAACGUUCUCUGAGUCAUUCCAGCACGCGAGGCACCAUCAGAUGCGCGGGUCUCCUGGGAUGGGCGAUGGUGAGCUGGAGGCAGACGAGGCACAUUUGGACUUUGCAGCCUUCUCCCAGUGGAGUGAUCUGGCUGUUUUAUGCACCCGGACGGAAUCCUUCCCAGUUUGUGUCCUUACAGUUCCCUUUCGCCUGGCCCUUGAACCGGUGAGUGGACUUAACCCUCACUGUGGGAUUUCUAAUCAGUACCAACCACUCUGUUCUGGCUGACCUGUGUCUCCCCUGUAACUCCUAUGUUGAGGCCCUCAGCCCCAGUACCUAACAAGGUCACCAUCUUUAGAGAGGAGGCCUUUAAAGAGGUGAUUAAGGCAAAAUGAGGCCAUUAGGGUGGGCCCUCAUCCAAUUGGACUGGUGUCCCUAUAAGAAGAGGAAAUCUGGUCACACGGAGGGGGAUGCUAAGGGCUCUUGUGCGCAGAGAAAAGACCAGGUGAGGACACGAGAUAAGGCAGCCAUCUGCGAGCCAAAGAGAGGAGCUUCGGAAGAAACCAAGCCUGCCGACACUUUGAUCUUGGACUUCCAGGCUCCACUGUGAGAAAAUAAAUGUCUGUUGUGUAAGCCA